AUGGAUACACGCCGUCUUGACGGCAGGGACAUGAAACGCCUCGUCCGCAUCCUACGGAACGUCCCUGGACCCACAGACGAGCAGGCGCAUUAUAGGAAAUUCAUCAAGCAAAUCAUCCAAGACCUUCCGCGUCGCCUACGUUCUCCGACCUUGACCUUUGGAUCUCCAAGCAAUCUCUGCUACAUCCACAAAGGGCUAAACGCACAUCUCAUCAACGACAUCUGGGCAUGGCUGAAGCACGAGUUUGAAGGCGCACUCGGCAUGUUCCUGUAUCCUCUCAUCAUGCACAAUCUUCUAACGGCCGACCAGGAGUGGAAGCUGCGUCAAUUGGAACCUGUUCUGCAGAUGUGGCAACGUGAUUUCAGUCCUGACACGUCUCGGCCGCCCGGCCAUGAGCCCAUCUACGCUGCCGACAAAUGGUUCUACCAGCAAAACCAGUGUCCAGCUUGUAUUAUGGCACGCAUCGGUUCGGAGCAAGACGUUCUUUUUGCUCUGUUUGCGGGCAUGGUUUGUCGCUACAACAUCAAGCAAUCGACUUAUGAAGACGCCAUCCGCGGCCAUGCUGCCUGGAGCAGGACGAGCUCGAAACGGAUCCGCUUUGUUAAAUACUGGCUCAGAAACACGCAUGGCGGCGACAACAUCGUCUUUGAAGCGGGUGAACUCGGCAUGCUGAUGAAGCGUCUGCGGCGUCACUACCACUCGCUCUCCGGCACAGCGGCGCAGAAUACGCCUGUAACGGCAGGAUACCGUCCCGGCGAAGCCUACUCGACUCCUGUGGUUGUCGACGAAAAUCAAGCUUACGAAUACUAUCUAUCUACCCUCGAUACACCAGCAUCCUACCAAACCAGCGGCCUGGAGUUUCCUGCUCCACCAGACCCCAAGAUAGGACCCAAUCCUCGUCCAAGUGACGCAGAACCGCUCUCGCCAGCUGAACCUCUGGGCUUUGAAAGGCUGGGUGUGAGUUAUAGACGCAGCAUGCCUCGGAACAUGCAAGAUGGGCCUCUUUCCAUCUUCCGCCAAAGGAGCAAACAGAAACUCCUCUACCGCCACCCCAGCGCAAAUCCAUAUACGCCGCAUGGCGCAAUCCACAUUUCAACACCGCAGAGUUCGACGGCGUAG